GCGCAGGGGAAGAGCCCGAUCGCCGAGUGCCUGCUGAUCCGCUACGCCACGCAGAUCCUGACGACCGAGCGGGAUCCCCAGGUGGAGAAGACGCUGCUCUCCUACCUCGACAGCUGCCUGCGGCACAAGAGCGAGAUGGUCACCUACGAGGCGGCGAGGUCCUUCUGCCAGCUCGCCGUCAUGGACACGGACGGGGCGGGCGGCUCCACGGUGCUGGGCCACGACAUCGUCCACGUGACCACCACGCUGCAGGACGGCAGGGGGGCCACCCUGGGGCCAGCGCUCGGCGGCCUGGGCCCUCCGUUGAGAGCAGGGGGCACGGACAUUGGCACCGCCGAAGCCCCCUUCAGGCCUGCGGGCAGCGGCGGCGGCGUCAGCACUGGAUCGGGCACUGCACCCUUCCCUCCAGGCGAGAGCCUCUUUGCACUGCCUUGCGCGUACCUCUGA